ACAGAAGCAGCGGUCGCCGAUUAAAGCUAAAGGUUUUAAGCAAGAACAGUGAUGGCUUGGAGAAUCGAAAUCUCGGUUAUGCUUCUUCUGUUGAUCGCUUCGACUUCGAAUGCCGCCAUUUCGUGCAGUGUGGUGAUCAAGGACUUGAGACCUUGCGUGAAUUACCUGGUGAACGGGACCGGGAAACCGCCGACGACUUGUUGUGCCGGGGCGUCUGCUCUGGCAUCCGCCGCGUCGUCGUCGGCUGACAAGAAGGCUGCUUGUGAGUGCAUCAAAUCUGCAGCUAAGAACAUGAAACCCAAAAACGAUUUAGCUCAGGCUCUUCCUUCUAACUGUGGAAUCACAUUGCCCGUCACCAUUUCACCCAAUGUCGAUUGCUCCAAGGUUGGUUGAAAACCGCAAGUGCCGUGGAUGGACACAUGAAGUAAUCGAAACUCCAUUUUAUAAUACUGGAAUCCUGUCAUGCUAUUUGGAUUCCUUCGACGAAUAA